AUGGUCAAGAAAGGGAUCUAUAUAGUGCCUUUUACCACAGUUGAAAGAAGAGAUCAAGUGUUAUCAGGAAACCCUGUGUUCUUUAAUAAUAAGCCUAUAAUGGUGAAAGCUUGGGAUUCUACCAUAGAUAUUGUGAAGGAGGAUGUGAGAGUUCUGCCUAUUUGGGUCCAAAUGUCGUUGAAUUUCAAAUAUUGGGGGGAGAAUUGUCUCUUUAGGAUUGCUAGUCAGGUGGGGAAGCCUAUAAAAACUGACCAGGCAACAGCUAGAAGGGAUAAGCUGCAGUAUGCUAGAGUAAUGCUGGAAGUGAAGGUGGAUCAGGAAUUUCCAGACACUAUUGAGUUCAUUAAUGAGUGUGACACUAUAGAACAGGUUGGUAUUUUCUAUGAAUGGAAGCCAGUUCUCUGUAUAUUGUGCAACAUUAUGGGUCAUGCUCAAGAGCAGUGCCAAAAGCCUGUGGUGAGGACUGAAUGGAGGAAGAAGGAGGUUAGACCUUAA